AUGGCCCAACAACAGCCCCGCCCGGGGCCUCCCCCAGGCAUGCAGCCUCAGCAGCAACAGCAGUCGCCUCUCUCUCCUGCUCAUCUCGAGGUCCUCGACUCCAUUCCUCACACCGACGUCCCCCAUACCCUCAAGAUGAAUGCCAUUCCCCCCAACGGCCCCCCAGACCUCGCAGGGAAGACAUUCCCGGUCAUGCUUUGUAAAGUGCAUGACCACAUGAAGUGUGAUUCGUGCGGGGUGGACUUUACGGGUGUCAAUUUUAUACAUCAGUUCUUGCGGUUUGCACCUGUGGAAGCCAUCCCUCCGCCUCCAAACGUGAAACCGCAACCUCAGAGAGCUCAGAUGGUCAUGGCUCUCAAGGACCAAGGCAAUGCCGCUUUCAAGGUGAAAAAGUACGAUGUCGCUGCUCAGUUCUACUCCAAAGCUACCGACUCGGCUCUGAGCAGGCCUCCAUGGGAACCCGCGGCGCUAGGCAGAGAAGAGGCUAUCAUCAUGCUAGGGAACCGAUCAGCAAGUCACGCGUACAUGGGCAAUUGGCCGGCCGCUCUUGCGGAUGCAGAGACCUGUAUAGCUCUCAAGAGGUCGUGGAUGAAAGGCCACGUUCGCAAAGCGAGGGCGUUAAUGGGAAUGGAGAGAUAUGAGGAGGCAAAACAAGCUGUCGUGGAUGGCCUGCAAUAUGAACCCAGAGAAGAGGACUUGAACACGUUCAUGAAGGAGAUCGAAGAGAAGAUUGGGGAGACCAACGCAUCACUAUCCCAUACUGUGAAAUAA